AUGGCCCAAAACCCAGAUGUGCUGAGUAAGCAGCGAUUAACAGUUAUUCCAGUGAUAACCACAUUGGAUCAAUUUGAAAGACAAGCAGCAUAUAAAAUGGAGGAAAACUCCAAAAUGUCUGAACCUGAGGAGCAACACAAUGACUUGCAUAAAUUAGAGGAACAUGAAGUCCUGUAUUCCGAGACUAACGAUUAUGAAGUACAAGAGCUCUUGGGCAGUGGCACCUUUGGGCAGGUUGUAAAAUGUGUGAAAAAAGGAACCAGCGAGAAAGUGGCCAUCAAAAUGUUAAAGAACCACCAGUAUGUCGCUGAAGAUGCACAAGCUGAGAUAAACAUCCUGACCCAGCUGAACAAGGAACGCCCAGACGAAUUCAAUGUCGUCAAAGCCUUUGAGUUUUUCCUGUACAACAAUAUCAUCUGCCUUGUGUUUGAGAUGCUAGAUAUGAGUCUCUUUGACUACAUGGUAUCAAAUGGUGGCUCGUUUCCUGUGAAAACGAUCCGCCCUAUCGUGGCACAGGUGGGCAUUGCAUUGGCAAAGCUCAAGAGUCUUGGAAUAAUCCAUUCAGACUUAAAGCCAGACAACAUCAUGCUGGUGGACAAUAUCACACACCCAUUAAAGGUCAAGGUGAUUGACUUUGGGUGUGCUAUCCAUGUGUCCGAGGCUCAAUGUUCGAGUUAUUUACAAGCAAGAUGUUAUAGGUCUCCAGAAGUUAUAUUGGGAUAUCCAUUCUGUGAGGCUAUUGACAUGUGGUCUUUGGGAUGCAUCAUGGCGGAGUUGUUCAUAGGAUGUCAUUUAUAUCCUGGAGCAUCUGAGUAUGAUCAGAUCCGCUACAUCACCGAGACCCAGGGUUUACCCGAUGAAAACAUGCUCAACAGGGCAACAAAGACCCAUCUUUUCUUUAGAAGACACAGAUAUUACCAGCAUUCUUUAUGGAGAUUGAAGUCUAAAAAACGCUAUGAGUGGGAGACUGGUAUUAAACCAAUCGAAAGAAGGAACUAUACCGUCAGUUGUUUUGAUGAGUUGUCAAAGCUACAUCUACUGUCAGAGCCAGAGACCAUUGGCAUAAUGGUGGAGGUGGGAGACAUGUGGCAGUGUCUCGACCUCAUGAAGAAGAUGCUUGCUUUAGAACCAGAGAAGAGAAUAACUCCCAUAGAUCUUCUCAGCCAUCCUUUCAUCACCAUGGCUCAUCUCGAGCACUUCUCAAAGAGUCCAUAUGUUGAAUCCUGCCUCCAGGUCAUGGAGACCUGCAGUUUUCAGCUGGCUCAAGAUGAAACAAUCAAAGUUGAAGAAACCUGCGAGGAUAGUAUGGAGGAUGUAGAACCUGACACUCCAGCUCAGAGUGAGAAGGAAGCAUCCAAUGAGAACAUAGUAGAACACCUGAGUGACUUAAACGACAGCAACAAAUUUGAAAAUGAGGGAAACAAACAGAGACAGAGGGGAUCCCGUCUGAGACAGACGUUACGAGCUUUGCGCUGCCGGUUCUCCAAAAUUGACAGCAGCACAGAGAGAGAAGCAGCAGCUUCCAUCAACUCCUCGCGGCCAUCGGAUGGCAGGGCAGGAUUGCUGCAGAGCUGUGUCAGCGGCCUGUCUAAAAUAAGAAGGAAGUGGAAACAAAGAACCGCAACUGUCCAUCCAUUACCAUAA